CGUCCCGGCGCUCCGCUGCCCCCCGCCGGUCCCGCCCUCCGUCGCGGCGGCGCGGUGUACCCUGGGAUAGGGAGCGAUCUCCGAGCGAGGCAGCAAGAUGGACGCGGGAUUCUUCCGCGGAACAAGUGCAGAACAGGAUAAUCGGUUCAGCAACAAACAGAAGAAACUACUGAAGCAGCUGAAAUUUGCAGAAUGCCUAGAAAAAAAGGUGGACAUGAGCAAAGUAAAUUUGGAGGUUAUAAAGCCUUGGAUAACAAAACGAGUAACAGAAAUCCUUGGAUUUGAAGAUGAUGUUGUGAUUGAGUUUAUAUUCAACCAGCUGGAAGUGAAGAAUCCAGAUUCCAAAAUGAUGCAAAUCAACCUGACUGGGUUUUUGAAUGGGAAAAAUGCUAGAGAAUUUAUGGGAGAACUUUGUGACAUCCUGAAAGUUCCCAAGCCUGAGCCCAUGCCAGAACCUAAAGAACCUACUCCGGAGAAAAAUUCCAAAAAAGAAAAAGACAAGACACGGCCAAGAUCUCGGUCACGUUCCAAGUCAAGGUCACGGACCCGUUCUCGGUCUCCUUCUCAUACUCGACCAAGAAGGCGCCAUAGGUCCCGAUCAAGAUCAUACUCACCCAGAAGGCGGCCAAGCCCAAGAAGGAGACCAUCUCCUCGAAGAAGAAGCCCACCACGACGAAUGCCGCCACCUCCAAGGCACAGAAGGAGUAGAUCUCCCGUAAGACGAAGGAGGCGGUCAUCAGCAUCGCUGUCUGGGAGCAGUUCAUCAUCCUCCUCAUCUCGUUCCCGGUCACCACCAAAGAAACCUCCCAAGAGGACGUCCAGCCCCCCUCGAAAAACUCGUAGGUUAUCUCCUUCAGCAAGUCCUCCAAGGCGAAGGCACAGGCCUUCCCCACCAGCUACUCCACCACCAAAAACACGUCAUUCCCCAACGCCCCAGCAGUCAAACCGUACAAGAAAAAGUCGUGUUUCUGUGUCUCCAGGGAGAACUUCAGGUAAAGUAACAAAACAUAAAGGUACUGAGAAAAGAGAAUCACCAUCACCAGCACCAAAGCCUAGAAAAGUAGAGUUAUCUGAAUCUGAAGAAGAUAAAGGUGGCAAGAUGGCUGCAGCUGAUUCUGUGCAGCAGCGACGCCAGUACAGACGACAGAACCAGCAGUCUUCAUCUGACUCUGGCUCAUCCUCUUCCUCUGAAGAUGAGCGACCCAAGCGAUCCCAUGUGAAAAAUGGUGAGGUGGGCCGGCGGCGGAGACAUUCCCCUUCCCGAAGUGCGUCUCCAUCACCACGAAAGCGCCAGAAAGAGACCUCCCCUCGGAUGCAGAUGGGAAAACGAUGGCAAUCGCCAGUGACUAAAAGUGGUAGACGAAGGAGAAGCCCCUCCCCUCCACCUGCCAGAAGACGCCGCUCACCCUCACCAGCUCCUCCUCCUCGGCGGCGCAGAUCCCCCACACCACCGCCACGACGAAGGACUCCCUCACCUCCCCCUCGACGGCGCUCACCUUCCCCGAGAAGAUACUCUCCUCCCAUACAGAGGAGAUACUCUCCUUCUCCACCUCCAAAGAGAAGGACGGCUUCGCCCCCACCCCCUCCCAAGAGAAGGGCAUCGCCAUCCCCACCACCAAAGCGCCGGAUCUCCCCCUCUCCGCCUCCCAAACAGAGAAGCUCCCCAGCCGCCAAGAGACGCUCACCUUCUGUCUCAUCAAAGCCUAGGAAAGGGUCUUCCCCAAGCCGUGCUCCCAGGGAGACCCGGUCACCACAACCAAACAAACGGCAUUCUCCCUCACCACGGCCUCGAGCUCCUCAGACCUCAAGUCCUCCACCGGCUCGAAGAGGAACGUCAGCCUCACCCCAAAGAAGGCAGUCCCCAUCUCCGAGUACCAGGCCCAUUAGAAGAGUCUCCAGAACUCCAGAACUUAAAAAGACAAAAAAGGCUGCCUCACCGAGCCCGCAGUCUGUAAGACGGGCUCCAUCCUCUCCGUCUGUCUCUGGAUCUCCCGAGCCAGUGGCUAAGAAGCCCCCAGCGCCCCCAUCCCCUGUCCAGCCUCAGUCGCCCUCCACGAACUGGUCCCCCGCUGUGCCAGCCAGGAAGGCUAAGAGCCCCACACCAAGCCCAUCACCAGCCCGGAAUUCUGAUCAGGAAGGAGGUGGGAAGAAAAAGAAGAAAAAGAAGGACAAGAAACACAAAAAGGAUAAGAAACACAAGAAGCACAAAAAACAUAAGAAGGAAAAGGCUGUGGCUGCAACCGCUGCGGCUCCUGCCACUCCUGCGGCUGUUGCUGCUGCCACAACCACAUCAGCGCAGGAAGAACCUGAGGCAGCCCCCGAACCCAAGAAGGAGACUGAGAGUGAAGCUGAAGACAACCUGGACGACUUAGAGAAGCACCUGCGGGAAAAGGCUCUGCGAUCCAUGCGGAAGGCUCAAGUGUCCCCACAGUCCUAGGGGGGAAUGUUGGUUAGGAUGUAAAUUUUAUUUGGUUUGUAUUCAAUUCAAUUUCAAAAUUGCUAAAAUGUGUUUGAGC